UUUAUCUCCCUUUGAAGUGGGGUUUCAACUUUGAAAGCCCACGACCAAAACAACCCGUUUGGAUGACGUGUUUCUCCCACUUGAUCCUGAUAUGGUCGAUCAUCUGCCAGCACUACCCUCAAAUCCCUAAUCUUCUUCAAUUCUUGUCGUCCUCUAAAAUUCACCUUCUUCCAUUUUCUCCCUCCUCAGUCGUUCGAGCCCUAACCCUAACUCCACUAUUCUAAAUUUCUCUUCAAUUUUCAUUCCCAUCAUUUUUCCAAUUGUUCUGGUCGGUAAAUAAUCCGACAAUCUCGCGUUCUUUUUUUCUAUAAUUAUUUGAGAAAUGGUUUCCCCCGAAAAUCCCAAUUGGUUGUUCGAUUAUGGUUUGAUCGAAGACAUCCCUGUACCCGAUGGGAAUUUCCCGGUCACGAGCUCAAGCUUCUCUUGGGCUAUUCAGACCUUUAACGGCGCCCAUGAUACCGGUGUGGAAAUUGAUGGAUCGUUGGCAGAUCUGGAUGGCCGUCUAGAAUCAGGCUCAAAGAAGCGGGUCAGAUCUGAUUCAUGUAGUGCAUCAAGCUCCAAAGCAUGUAGGGAGAAAUUGCGGAGGGAUAGGCUCAAUGACAAGUUUCUGGAACUGGGCUCCAUUUUGGAUCCUGGAAGACCACCCAAAACUGACAAGGCUGCAAUUUUAGUUGAUGCAGUUCGAAUGGUGAAUCAGCUGCGUAGUGAAACACAGAAACUAAAGGAGUCGAAUUCAAGUCUCCAGGAGAAGAUCAAAGAGUUGAAGGCUGAGAAGAACGAACUUCGCGAUGAGAAGCAGAGGCUCAAGGCAGAUAAGGAGAGGCUAGAGCAGCAAGUAAAGUCCAUGCCUGCUCAACAACCUGGCUUCUUACCUCCACCAAUACCUACAUUUCCUGCUCAGGGUCAAGCUCCUGGCAAUAAGUUAUUUCCUUUCAUUGGUUACCACCCGAGUGUUGCCAUGUGGCAAUUCAUGCCACCUGCUGCGGUGGACACAUCACAGGACCACGUACUUCGGCCACCCGUCGCCUAACUUGGUGGCAACCAAGGUUGCCGAAAGGAAACCAUUGGCAGCACCCGAUUGCUCGGGAAUUUUCCCUGGACCUUCUUUUUUACUCUGCCAUUGUCAACUGAUAUAUAUUAGUAUUUUUAGUUAGUAGGCUCGCCUAUCAAUUGAUUUUGAGGGCUGCCUAUGUUAUUUGUCAUCCACUUGAAAGAACCCAACCUGUUUUUCUUAAGUUUUGUAAUUGUAAAUGUGAAUAAGUGAGUGAUUUGGUAA